CGUUCCGCGCUGCAGCCGCUGACUCAAAAAUCUCUCGGCGAAAUGGCGGAGACGACGGACAGAAUGGAGGUGUCACAGGGAGAAAGCUCAGAGAAGCCUGCUGCUGAGGACAUGACAUCCAAGGACUACUACUUUGACUCCUACGCUCACUUUGGCAUUCAUGAGGAGAUGCUUAAGGACGAAGUGCGCACACUCACAUACAGAAACUCAAUGUUCCACAACAAGCAUCUGUUCAAGGAUAAGGUGGUGUUGGAUGUAGGCAGUGGAACAGGCAUCCUGAGUAUGUUUGCGGCCAAGGCUGGUGCCAAGAAAGUCAUCGGCAUUGAGUGUAGCAGCAUAUCAGACUAUGCUGUGAAGAUUGUCAAGGCCAACAAGCUGGAUCAUAUCGUAACCAUUAUCAAGGGCAAGGUGGAGGAGGUGGAGCUUCCGGUGGAGCAUGUAGACAUCAUUAUCUCUGAGUGGAUGGGCUACUGUCUAUUUUAUGAGUCCAUGCUCAACACAGUGAUCUAUGCUAGGGACAAGUGGCUGAAACCCGAUGGGCUCAUCUUCCCUGACAGAGCUACUCUUUACAUCACGGCCAUUGAAGAUCGGCAGUACAAGGAUUACAAAAUCCAUUGGUGGGAGAAUGUCUAUGGGUUUGAUAUGUCCUGCAUUAAGGAAGUGGCCAUUAAGGAGCCUCUGGUGGAUGUUGUUGACCCCAAACAGCUGGUCAGCAGUGCCUGCCUCAUUAAGGAAGUGGAUAUCUACACAGUAAAGAUUGAGGACCUGUCUUUCACCUCACCCUUCUGCCUGCAAGUGAGGAGAAAUGACUAUAUCCAUGCUCUAGUCACCUAUUUCAACAUUGAGUUCACACGCUGCCACAAAAGGACCGGCUUCUCGACCAGUCCAGAGUCUCCUUAUACUCACUGGAAGCAGACUGUGUUUUAUCUUGAUGACUAUCUGACCGUGAAGACGGGAGAGGAGAUCUUUGGCACCAUCAGUAUGAAACCCAACGUCAAGAAUAACAGAGACCUGGACUUCACUGUAGAUAUCGACUUCAAGGGUCAGCUCUGUGAGAUGUCAAAGACAUCAGAGUACAGGAUGCGCUAGAUCCCCUCUAGUAUUAGUGUUUGUGUCUGGGACAACUUUUUGAGGCAGAUCAGUGCAUGUUUGUGUGUGCAUGUGAGUGAUUUCAUUCUUUUUAGAGAUCUGGUCUUAAGCUGUGAAAUAUCACUGGAGAGGGAGAGUUUUCAGCUUUUAUAUCAACCCUUUGAGUUUAUAUACAGUAACUGCACCAGAGGAGACUUGACUUUUUUUUUUUUUUUUUUUUUUUUUUUGUGCAAUAGUCUCAAACAGAUUCACUUUAACCUUGCAUUGAUUUAUUUGGCCACCUAACUUCAAAGUAUUUUCCUGCCCAGUGUGAAAUGAUCAGGCAUAUCUAAGACAUGCACACACAAACAUGCACUGCCUCCCUAUUGCCUGUAAAUAGUGUUCAUGUUCAGUUACUUCGAACUGUUGUGCAGUCAUGAAUCCUGUUACGGUGACGCCUGUCCCAGGCCCCCCCCCCCUUUUUUUUUUAUUUUUUUUAUUUCUUUUACUUUCUAUUCCUGAGAUCCUCCUGUGACCGGUUCAUUGCCCUUCCAUCAGCCAGUCACCAUGGGGAAGGAAGGGGCAGCAAAUGCAAGUCUGUCAUUAUUGUGUAUUUGAAAUUCCAUAUGUCCACAGUCCAGUCUUCAGUGUAAAAACGUCUUGUUAUGAACUCAGUAGUUCAAAGACCUGUCCUGUUUCCACCCUAUUUUGCCUGUGCAAUGUAUCGGAGCAGUUUGCUUGUGUUCAGUAGAGGGUGCCAUAGUAACAUGGUCCAUUUGUAGGGACAUCCUAGUUUUAUUAUUAUUUUUUUUGAUUAAUGCUGGGGCCCCACUAUCACAGUUUUAAACUUUCCCUACACACACACACACACACACACACACACACACACACACACACACACACACACACACACACACCCCUUGAUUCUCAUGUAUUUGGGGGGGUGGACUGCAGUGGUUGGGUGGAGGAUGCAGAGUUUAACCCAGUUUGCUUUUUGCUGGGUUUUUUUUUUUUUUUUUUUUUUUUUUUUGGUAGAGUAAUUUGACUGACCAAAGUAAAUUUCCACCCCAUUAUUGGCUCAUUUGAUUCAUCCUCUGCCUGCCUCUUGUGCUGUGAGCACUUAAACAUGUGGGACUAGUUUAGUGCAGGUCCUGCAUUGUCUUGAAAUGGAGUUGAGAUUCAGGCCCAUGGCAUGUUUAACAUUGGUUUUCCAGAAUGAUCAAGUCUGGUCUUGGUCUUCCUAAUGUUGCUCCUUAUUUUAUGCCUAGGCUUAAUGUGUGUCUGAGGAACCUAUGCUUAAUUUCCUUGAAACAACGUUUUAAACACAUAAGCUUAAUCAAAGACAAAGAUUUCACAUGUUUUGAUGAAUGUCUGUCUAGGACUUGGCUUAACUUGUAUCUAAAUCUCUCCUUGGUGUUAUUGAGGGCAUCAGUCAAAGUCUGGUUGUGUUCAUCACUACUCUGGGGUACAGAUGGGUAGGAGCAUGUCCUAUAGGAUGUGUAACUUUUUUUUUCUUUUUUCUUUUUUUUUUU